AUGUCUCCCUUCCGUUUAUGCUAUGGAAAGAAUUGUCACCUUUCGGUCGAGCUUGAGCACAAAGCUAUGUGGGCUAUCAAAUUUUUGAAUUUUGACUUGGAAGCAAGUGGUGAGAAGCGGAAGCUUGAUCUUUGUGAGUUGGAGGAGAUUCGGGAAGAGGCAUAUGAAAGUGCCAAAUUGUUUAAGGAGAAGACCAAGGUGAUACAUGAUCGACACUUGGUGAAGAAGACAUUUCUGCCCAAGCAAAAGGUUCUCCUAUACAAUUCUAGGCUCAAGCUAUUUCCCGGGAAGUUGAGAUCUAGGUGGAGCGGCCCAUUUGAAGUAGUUGAAGUUUUCCCACAUGGCGCUAUAGCAAUCAAGAACCUCAAUGGUGGGGAACCCUUCAAGGUAAAUGGGCACCGAUUGAAGCCCUAUAUGGACUCUACCUUUGACUCUCAAGAGGAGGUGAUCAUCCUCCAAGAUGUUCCUUGA